CCAACCUGGUUCGGUUGGGUCCAGGGUUAUACGACUGUGCAUGUUCUGAACCGAGGGAUACCACCUUCGUAGAUUUUCGUUCAGAAACACCGACCAUGGCGAUUUCCGGCGAUGCAGACGCCGAUGUAUCGAACUAUCUCGAGUACCGGUCCAAGAAAGAUGAAGCAUGGUACACCUCGGCGGUAGUUUUGGAAGACGGAAAGCAGCUCCGCGUGAAGUUCAGGGAUUUUGUGCAUAGCUACUAUGACGAGGUCUUCUCCGUCGCUGAUUUCUCGACUAAGUCUGAACUACAAGAAUUCCUCCAUCGAUUCCGUCGUUUGUCCGAGCCGAUCGAGGACAAUGAAUGCUCCAGAGUGAUAGCAGACAUGAUGGUCUGUGCUACUUAUAAAGGCGAUGGAUCAGUUCGAUUCUUUGAUGCCAUUGUUGACUCUGUGCAUUACAAAGAGCAUACGCCAGAGAAGUGUUUAUGCACCUAUUUACUGGUCUGGCAGCAUGGUCCUGAAGAGGGCAAUAUAACAGCAACAAGUAUUGAGGAUAUAUGCCUUAUUAUGCCUGGUGCUGUUGAUCCCAAAGUGACUGACUUUGCAAAGAUUGUGAAGGAAAAACUUGGUUUAGUUUACAAGAGACCAUUUUUGUCUAGAAAAACAAGUUCAAACGAAACUCUAGAUGAGUUGCAGGAUUUUGACAGUGCUGGACACAGUUCUUAUGUUGGAUUUUCUAAAGGGAGGGGAGGAUUCUACCCUCCACUAAGCGACCAUGACAGAGAUCUGGGAGGUGUCAAAGAAACUGGCUGUCAUCAUUACAUAAUAUUAGAGAAUUUGGAGAAAGAUCUAUCUCCAUCAUCAAUGAUGGAGUUCUUACACGUGCAAACUUCAAUUACACCACAGGCAUUUCUUUUUCCAAGCUUGUCAGCAGAAACAUAUGCAAGAGGAGCAGUUGUGGUGGAUAGCAGACCAAAGCUUAAGAGAAUAUAUGAAUUUUUAAGCAAUCCAAAUCAUUUUAUUGUAUCUUCCUCUGGAAGGCCAUGGGUAAUAGCUGAAGCUGUGCUUAGGACUGGAACUUUUGACACAAACCUGCAGAGCUGUCAGCCAUUGUCUAAGAGCAAAAAUACAGGGAGCGGGUUAAUGGUCGUGCGCUUAGGAACAGAAAGAUAUAAUAGAGCUAAACAACGAAAAGAUCUAUACAUGGAAUUCCGUAAGCAUCUAAAUGGACUUCUGCAGAGGUUAGAUUUGGAGGAGAAGAAGUGUCUUCCUUCCGGUGCAUAUUAGUUUUUGCAAAGUGUAGAUAUGCAAUUUCUAAUGCAGUUAUUUGGUGCAGGUGUUGUAAAGGUGCAAAAGAUGUGCUGUAUUUUGGUGAGAUAGAUGGCAUUAAGCAUAACUUCCAGUGGGUGCAAUGCAAUUGCAGGCAUUUUGCCUGUGCCUUAAUGAAAAUAUUGGCUUCAAUUCCUUAAGAAAGCAUGAUGACAGGUGAAUGUAACAAACCACUUUUAGAUUUGGUGUUGGCUGUUUCUAUGGUCGGUCGGUGUCUUGUUUGUUGUAGCGUAUACUACUACUAGUGUUAAAAGAGACUCGAGUUUGUUUUAUAUGUGUGUGUUUUCCUUUCGGGAGGGGGGUUGGUUUUCGUGAAGGAGUCACACCCGUCUUCUAGAAUGAAGAGAGCGUUUUCUCCAUGAAUUUUGUCGAAAAUAUUGGCC